AUGCCCGUGCCAGGCGCCGGUGCCGCCGGGCGUUACAGCGGUGACAAGGGCAUCCCGCGCGCUGCAGCAGGGAUUUCGGAGGACAGCCGGGAUGGGCCUCCCGCCGCCCCCUUCUACGGCCAGAGCUGCUGCCUCAUCGACGACGGCGAGCGCUGCGCGCGCCCCGCCGGCCACGCGUCCUUCAGCAAGCGCAUCCAGAAGAGCAUCUCGCAGAAGAAGCUCAAGCUGGACAUCGACAAGAGCGUGAGACAUCUCUAUAUCUGUGAUUUCCACAAGAAUUUCAUUCAGAGUGUUCGAAACAAAAGAAAGAGGAAGACAAGUGAUGAUGGAGGCGACUCUCCUGAGCAUGAAACGGAUGUCCCAGAGGUUGACUUGUUCCAGCUCCAAGUGAAUACACUGCGACGUUACAAGAGGCAUUAUAAGUUGCAGACUAGGCCUGGACUCAACAAAGCUCAGCUAGCAGAAACUGUCAGCCGUCACUUCAGGAAUAUUCCUGUGAAUGAGAAAGAGACACUUGCUUAUUUUAUCUAUAUGGUGAAGAACAACAAGAGCAGGCUGGAUCAGAAAUCAGAAGGUAGCAAGCAACUAGAAUGAAGAUUAACAGACCUUGGAAUAAGAGAGACCUUGAAGGAACGGAUGGUAUUGUGCAUUUUAGGUAUAUAAAAACUAUUGAAGUAUAUUGUAAAUUUUUUAAAAAAUGCAGUAAGUCUGGAUGACAGAAAAUAUAGAUGUUCUUAUCAGGAAUAUUUGAACACGUGACCAGCAUGUUUCUGAAGACUUUUCUUCCCCUCAUUUCAAAAUCACAUUGGAAUAAAGGAGUGAGGUUAAUGGAGAAAUAAAGUAAAUCUCUAGGACUGUGGAGUUUGUCAACUUGGUGUUUUAAACCAUUUCUGGAAAUCUGCAUCUCAGUGCAAUUUAGACCACAAAUGGAAUUUAUUCACUGCAUUCAGACUGCACCACAAAACCACCGUGCAAUUUAUCUUGGCACAGGACUGGAAUAGCAGCAGAGAGGAAAGUCAUGAUCAAGGUGCAUGGGUCAGAAAUUUCUCUGGAGCUUGGUCCCCAC